UUGAGUAAGUGCUGUGUGAGCAGUCUGUCCAUACAUAUAAACCUUAACCCCAAACUACUGCUUGGAGACCUGUCACAAAACAGUUCCAGCAGUGCAGGUAGGAGGCUCAGCCUUAAGCACUCCAUUUCAACCCACUGUUUUUAGCAGCUCAACUAACAGCCACAUCUUUGCUGCAGAAUUUAAACAAUGAGUCUCCUGAUCCCUGUGUCAGUUCUGAUCUUGAUCGGUGCAAUCCUUUACUGGUUGUGGCACGAAGAAAAGCCUGUCAAAUUGUCAUAUGAUCUUUCCAGGCAAUCUGUACAGGUCAAGAAUAGCAAAGAUGCCAGGAGAAAUGCAACGUUGAAAAACGAUGAAGUGAUAUCUUACUAUUAUGAUGAUGUCAGAACACUCUAUGAGGCUUUCCAAAGAGGCAUACAUGUAUCAGGUGACGGACCUUGUCUGGGUUACCGCAAACUUAAGCAGCCUUAUCAGUGGCUUUCUUACAAGCAGGUGUCCGAUCGAGCAGAGUAUCUUGGAUCAGGCCUUUUAUAUCGUGGAUGCAGUCCAUGCCCGACACAGUAUAUCGGGAUAUUUGCUCAGAACAGACCUGAGUGGAUAAUUUCUGAGUUGGCUUGCUAUACCUACUCUAUGUCAGUGAUACCCCUGUAUGACACCCUUGGACCUGAUGCCAUUGUGUACAUUAUUAAUAAGGCUGAAAUUUCGACUGUGAUCUGUGACAAGAUGAGCAAAGCAAUCACUUUGCUGGAAAACUGUGAAGCAAAGCGUACGUCACACUUGGAAAAUAUAAUUCUGAUGGAUCCAUUUGACGAUGCUUUAAAAGAACGUGGAGACAAAUGUAAUGUGAAAGUUUUCACCCUGAAAGAAGUUGAGGAUCUCGGAAGGGAAAAUCAUAGAAAACCAAUUCCACCAAAACCUGAUGACUUGAGUGUCGUGUGCUUUACAAGUGGAACAACAGGUGACCCUAAGGGAGCCAUGUUGACUCAUGGAAACGUUGUGGCGAAUUCAGCAGCAUUCUUCGAGAUGAUGGGGUCCACCUUUGUCCCCAGCAGUGAUGAUAUUUCGAUCUCCUACCUUCCCCUGGCACAUAUGUUUGAAAGAGUGGUGCAGACAGCACUCUACUGUUGUGGUGCCAAAGUUGGAUUCUUCCAAGGUGACAUUCGACUGCUGCCAGACGACAUGAAGACCCUUCAGCCUACAGUCUUUCCUGUUGUGCCUAGACUUCUGACCCGGCUCUACGAUAAGGUGCAAGCUGAGUGUCAAUCCCCCUUUAAGAAAUGGCUGUUAAAUAUCGCUAUAAGCAGAAAACAAGCUGAAAUAUCCAGAGGAAUUAUUAGGAAUGACAGUGUUUGGGACAAACUGAUUUUCAGCAAAGUUCAGGCUAACAUUGGAGGACGUGUUCGGAUAAUAGUGACAGGAGCAGCCCCUAUUUCCCCUACAGUUCUGACAUUUCUUCGAGCGGCAUUAGGCUGUCCAAUUUUUGAAGGAUACGGACAAACUGAAUGCACUGCUGGAUGUACCUUCUCGAUGGCUGGAGAUUCCACAGCUGGCCAUGUUGGUCCACCACUUCCUUGCAACAUUGUGAAAUUAGUUGAUGUUGAAGACAUGAAUUACUUUGCUUCUAAUGGGGAAGGAGAGGUUUGCAUCAAGGGUACAAAUGUAUUCAAAGGUUAUCUGAAAGACCCAGAGAGGACCUCUGAAGCUAUAGAUGCCGAAGGAUGGCUCCACACAGGGGACAUAGGAAAGUGGCUGCCGAAUGGAACUUUGAAAAUAAUUGACCGGAAGAAGAAUAUAUUUAAACUGGCGCAGGGUGAAUACAUUGCACCUGAGAAGAUUGAGAAUGCGUAUAUUCAGAGUAGUCUUGUAGCCCAAGUUUUUGUGGCUGGAGAUAGCUUGCAGUCAUAUCUGGUGGGCAUUGUGGUGCCUGACCCAGAGGUGCUUCCAGAGUUUGCGGCCAGUAAGGGAUUCCAAGGCUCUUAUGAAGAAUUAUGCCAGAUUCCGGAAAUAAAGAAGGCUAUUUUGGAUGACCUAGUUAAUUUGGGAAAACAAGCUGGACUAAAAUCAUUUGAACAGGUAAAGGACUUGUAUCUGCACACACAGAUGUUCUCUAUUGAAAAUGGACUCCUGACCCCAACACUGAAGGCUAAAAGAUUAGAACUAAACAAAUUUUUCAAAAAGCAGAUUGACCACCUCUAUGGAAAAACACAGGCAUAGGUUUCCUCCAGUACAUUGACAAUGAUGGUUUCAUAUCUUGGACAUGUUGAAAAGAACAUUGGAAAUGUAGACAGUGCUGAAAUUUUUUCCCCAAAAAAUGUCUUUUUUCCAGAUAACAUGUUUGUGUUUGUCAAAGUUCAAAAUGAGUCCUGUUAAAAUGGUAUUUUACAACAGCCAGAAAUGGCAAAAAAAUGUUUACUGGUCAAGAAGCCAUUGGAGCCAUUAUUUGACCCAUUGAAUAAAAUGGAGCAUUUUAUUCAACAUAAGAACAGAUUUUGUAUUUUAAAAAUUCUUUGCUUAUGAUAUUAAAUCAAAUAAAGACUAUCUAUAUUUCAGAUAAUUCUUUCAUACAUAGGAAUUGAUGUUACUAAACUCCACUUGCCUAAAUGCACACUUGCCUAGACUUCUGCUCCGGGUGGAGAAUUAAAUGAUUUAAUCCUACAUACAUGAAAAGUACAGUCAGGCAAAAUAGUCAGAGGUGGCUAAAUCUUAGGAGAAAUACCACUGAGGCCCAUCUAAAAAUGCCCCGACAGCCUUUUUAUGGAAAGUGAGAGCCUGUUGGACACUGAGAUGGGGGGCUUGAAGAAGCAACAUGGAAGAUUGCAACACCAGAUCAGAUUUUCACUCUCGUUACUUACUGCAGGAGCAACCUCUCACUCCGUCAAUGGAGAGCGAGAGCCUGUCCAAGAUACCAAAGCGCUGUGUUAUGGACUGUAGUUUUCUGGUGGAUUCUAGAUUAAGAUCUCUUU